AUGCUAAUCUCGGUACCACUCGCAUGGGACAAUCCUUUGCUAGGCAAACCAGUGCACGAGAUCGGGGAUGUAAAUCAGCAAGACUUGAAAUAUCACCGAACCCCCUUAUUCUGGGCGGCAGAGACUGAUCAAAUCCAAGCGGUGAAAUAUCUGCUUGAGUCCAACGCCGAUGUCAACGCCCGGGAUAAUAAUAAUCGAACUCCUUUAUUCUGGGCCGCCAGGAACAACAACUAUCUCUCGUGCAAGCUCCUCCUCGAAUCGAACGCCCAAGUUGAUAUCCGUGACGAUGCGGGUCAGACGGCUCUUUUUUGGGCCGUGGAUGAAAAUCGAGUCAACGCCGUCCAGGUUCUACUGAAGUGGGGAGCGGGAGUGGAUAUCCGAGAUCACCAGGGCCAAACGCCGCUAUCGCAAGCUGCCAUGAGGGGCCAGAUACAGUCCAUGAAAAUUCUCUUCAAGCGAGGUGCCGACAUCGACACUCGGGACAAUGACGGUCGAACGCCUUUGCUGUUGGCUACCCUCGCCUUCUCCGAUCCGGCAGUUGAGUGUUUGCUAAUGAAUGGUGGGAACCCUGAUAUUCGAGAUGGGUGUGAGGGGCGGAGUGCAUUGUCAUAUGCGGCAGAGCAAGGUCAUGACAAGGUUGUGCAAAUGCUCCUGGGUAGUAAUGCUUCGGUGGACCAAGCAGAUCGCCUGGGUCGGACUUCAUUGAUCUGGGCGACUCUGAGCGGCAAUGCCCUCGUUGUGACAAGGCUACUGAAAGCGAAUGCCAAUACUGCCUGGACAGACAGUACCGGUCGCACCCCUCUCUCAUGGGCUAUGGAAUGUGGCCACAAUCAUAUCAUUCAAAUUCUGGAAAGGCAUCUGCAACUCGAGAAAGAAUCAAGAAUCGAGCCAAACUCGAGCCCCAAUGCGAUUGCCAGCAUCGAAAAUCUUCAAAAACUAUCCCUGUCGGAGCCAAUCCGCGAUGGCGUCCACCUCGGCGAUCUCUUGAUAUCCGCAAUUGAGGAUAGAGAUGAAGAAAAAUCCCUCCAAUUUAUCCAACAGGGUGCUAGUCUUCAUUCACAAGACACGAAUGGAAUGACAGCGCUGUCUAAUGCUGCUCGAGCCGGACAGUUGAAUGUAGUCCAACUGUUGCUCAAGAAUGGCGCCAACCCAGACUCAACGGACGCUUUUGGUCGAACGCCCCUGUCCUGGGCUGCUGAAGAAGGUCAUGUGGCCGUGGUUGCGGGACUCAUCAACGCCGAAGUCGACAUCAAUCUUCCUGACCAAGAAGGCAUCACUCCAAUUUCGUUCGCAGCCAUUUGGGGGCACGAAGAAACGGUUUCUCUGCUCCUGGACCAUGGAGCGAACCCUGAUAUAGAAGAUCAGAGCGGGCAUACCGCGAUUUCCCUCGCUGCCGAAAAUGGGGAAUUUUCAACCGUCGCGUUGCUGCUGGAAAAAGGUGCACUGCCCGAUGGCCAUGGUGAUUCGUCGCCAUUGCAAUGUGCCGUCGAAUCGGGUGAUAUCUCACUGGUGAAGCUGCUGCUUGCGAAAGGGUCCGAUCCUUACUGUGAUGCCUAUAGCAUCAGUGAGUUUCCUCCGCUCAUUCUUGCUGCCGAGCGGGGCGACGAAAUCAGUUUGCAGCUGAUGUUGGAAAGCAACAUCGGAUCACAGGAGAUCAAAAAGGAGCAUAUUCUGAGAGCGGUGACGGUGGCCUCGGAAGAAGGCCAUAUCGAAAUAGUUCGAGUCCUGCUCGAACACCAUCCAUUCCAUGAGAUUGAGGACGUGAGCCUGGAAUCCGAUGCCAUGUAUUGUGCUGAAAGCAAGGGGUUCGAUGAGAUUGUUGAACUUCUACGCCCCUAUUUCGAGAAAUAA